CUUUGGGCUUGACCCCGUGCCAGUGGAAGCCAUCGAUGGUUUUGGAGGAGGAGACUGAGUGAUCUGAGCCCUGCUUCCGAGUACCUAGCACCCUGCUGAGCCUGACAGGCUCCCAGGGCCCCCAGGCCGGGAGGGACCCCUGGUGCCAGAAGACCUUCUCCCACUUCUCCAUGUGGGCACCUGAAGUGAGGGAAGAGCCUGCUGAAUGCACAUAAGCACAGCAGGACGCCAGGUCUUGACUGGAAGAUUGUUCCUCUCCUGUCUGCAGGACUUCUCAGAGACUGCUCUGCGAUGACCACAGCAAGGUACCGGCCCACCUGGGACCUGGCCCUUGACCCACUGGUGUCUUGCAAGCUCUGUCUUGGGGAGUAUCCGGUGGAGCAGAUGACAACCAUAGCCCAGUGCCAGUGCAUCUUCUGCACGCUGUGCCUGAAACAGUAUGUUGAGCUCUUGAUCAAAGAGGGAUUAGAAACUGCAAUCAGCUGCCCAGAUGCUGCCUGCCCUAAGCAGGGCCACCUGCAAGAGAAUGAGAUUGAGUGCAUGGUUGCGGCUGAAAUUAUGCAAAGAUAUAAAAAGCUACAAUUUGAAAGAGAGGUGCUCUUCGAUCCCUGUCGCACUUGGUGCCCGGCGUCCUCCUGCCAGGCUGUGUGCCAGCUGCAGGACCUGGGGCUGCAGACCCCACAGCUGGUGCAGUGCAAAGCCUGCGACAUGCAGUUCUGCUCCACCUGCAAAGCCAGCUGGCACCCCGGCCAAGGCUGCUCAGAGACCAUGCCGAUCACCUUCCUUCCCGGGGAGACCAGUUCUGCUUUCAAAGUGGAAGAGGACGACGCUCCCAUCAAGCGCUGCCCCAAGUGCAGGGUGUACAUCGAGCGCGACGAGGGCUGUGCACAGAUGAUGUGCAAGAGCUGCAAACACGCCUUCUGCUGGUACUGCCUGGAGUCCCUGGACGAUGAUUUCCUCCUGAUACAUUAUGACAAAGGACCCUGCCGGAACAAGUUGGGCCACUCCCGGGCAUCUGUGAUCUGGCAUCGGACACAGGUCGUGGGCAUUUUUGCUGGAUUUGGGCUCCUGCUCCUGGUGGCCUCACCGUUCCUGCUCCUGGCUACUCCCUUUGUGCUCUGCUGCAAGUGCAAGUGCAGCAAAGGCGACGAUGACCCGUUACCCACCUAGAGCAGGCUCGGUGCUGGAACACGACCCUGGCCUCUGGAAAGUGUGGCUCUCCCCACCCUGCCCUGCUGCCCCCUCACUAAACAUCUUUCUUGCCUUAUGUGCCCCAUUGAGCUUCACAGUGUCAGGCUGAAUGCCAUGAUUUCAGGGACUGGUGUCAGAAGGUUUGCCGAGGCCCCGGGUGCAGUCAUCUAGGCAUGGGGACAUGGGGAGGCGAGGCAGGCACGGGCAGGGCAUGUCCCCAAGGAGUCGGUCUGCGACGUGACAGGGAAGUGCGGUCUGGGGGCAGCUCACCGGGCAGCCUUCUCCCUGUGGCAGUAGACUAGGAGUGUCUGGUGGUGGCUUAAGAGACCUCAUGCAGAAUGAAGUCCGUCUCCUCGGCUUCAGGAUGGCGCCGUGUUGUUGCAAGAAGUCUUUUAAGAAUUACAACUCUCUUCCGACAGAAUCCGAUUAUUCCAGCUUGAGAACAGCACUCUGUUUAUGACAACUGUUUUUAUUACUAAUGGCAUUUAGUAAAAUCAUUUUUAGAUAGUAUUUUUUUGUUCUUUGUUUUUUUUGUUUUUUUUCCAACUGACUUGUAAAAAUGAACAAGGUGCAUAUAAACCAGCCUAUGCCUUUCUUGAAAUGUGCAUUUUGAGAAGUUGUGGUUAAAUGACUUUUCUGGCUUGGCCACUUUUCAGGAGAUUUAGAAAGCCUUAUGCACUCUUUGUGUUUUUCUUGAAACUUGCUGUAAUAACUUUUCGAAUGCUGUAAGCUGUGUACUGUUUUAAAUAUGGUUUCUCUAUUGCUGCGUUUCUUUGAAAAUAUUGACAUGUUUAAAGGAACAUCUCCAUUAGA